UUGAUUAAAAAAUGUAUGGAUAAUGAUUCUGAGAUUAGAACCUAUCCUGAUAUAGGUGAGCUUGCAUUUGGAAAAACAGGAAGAUUACUAGUAUCUGUAUCCAUGUACACGGAGCUCUACUUAGUUGUAACAGGGUUCUUGAUUCUAGAAGGGGAUAACUUGAGUAAUUUAUUCCCUGAUAUGAAGCUUCAAGUAGCUGGUUUAACAAUUGGUGGAAAUCAAUUCUUUGUGAUAAUGGUUGCCCUUAUUAUCUUGCCUACAGUUUGGUUGGAUAACUUGAGUCUACUUUCUUAUAUAUCAGCAAGUGGAGUGUUUGCUUGUGCUAUAAUCAUAUUCUCAGUAUCAUGGACGGCAACAAUGGAUGGAGUUGGUUUUCAUCAAAAGGGAACUCUUGUUAAUUGGAAUGGAAUCCCCACAGCUGUUAGCUUGUAUGCCUUUUGUUUUUGUGCACAACCAGUCUUUCCCACCUUGUACAAUUCCAUGAGAAGCAAGCACCAAUUUUCUAGUGUCCUACUUGUAUGCUUUAUAUUAACCACUAUUGGUUAUGCAUCCAUGGCUAUAAUUGGUUACCUGAUGUUUGGUUCAGAGGUUCAAUCACAGGUAACUUUAAACCUGCCACUGAACAAAUUAAGCUCACGUGUAGCAAUAUAUACUGCCUUGGUUAGUCCCAUAUCCAAGUAUGCUUUGAUGAUAACACCGAUUACCAAUGCUUUGAAAGAUAUGAUACCAAGGAAGCACAAGAAUAGUGUCACUCACAUCAUAAUUGGCACUGUCAUGGUAAUCAGCACUGUCAUCGCUGCCCUGACUUUUCCUUUCUUUGGGCAUCUCAUGUCACUGGUUGGAGCUUUACUAGGUGUCACGGCUUCUAUUCUGCUUCCAUGUUUGUGCUACUUAAAGAUUUCAGGCAUUUACAGGAAAUUUGGGACUGAGACGGUAGCCAUAGUGGCCAUAAUAAUAGCAGCUGUAGCAAUGGCAAUAUCUGGGACAUACACAUCAGUUAUGCAAAUAGUCCACAGUUUGUAA